AUGGAUCGUCCUCGUGAUAACCAGUGCCGUCGUCGCCAGGAAGAAAAAGCACGACGCGAGCGCAAGUGGAAAAAGGACAUGCAGAUCCUCGAGGGCAUACUGGAACUCAAGCUGGCUAAUGAGCUGGCCGAGUUUGCCGGUGAGUUCUUUGACCUCGUUGAACGACACGACACUCCACCCUCGGGGACCCUCACUCCUUUUGACGACAUCACCGACCUCUUUGAAGGAGAAGUCGGCGCAGCGGGACCAUCCGCCUCUCAUUUCGAGCCCGAUCAAGUUGACUGGCUGCUCCAAGCCUCUCAAGCAUCAGAGGCCUUUCCCCGUCUCUAA